AUGGCAGCUGUUGCGCCCCGGCCGGAAACAACCCACAUCCUCAAUCACGCCCCGACGGCGACGUCGUUCUCCUUCACACCGUUCCUCCGCCAGACCUACCGCCACGAGCUCUCGUCGGACCGCCCGCAAUGCAAGUCGUUCCUCGCAGGCCACUGCCCCCUCGGCGCCUCCUGCCCCGAUCGCCACGCGUCGUCGACGUCGUCAAACCCGUCGGGCGGGCCCUCGCUCGUCUGUAAGCACUGGCUCCGCGGCCUUUGCAAGAAGGGUGAGUCCUGCGAGUUCCUGCACGAGUACAACCUGCGCAAGAUGCCCGAGUGCAACUUCUUCAUGCGCAACGGCUACUGCUCCAACGGCGAGGAGUGCCUGUACCUUCACAUCGACCCCCAGUCCAAGCUGCCGCCCUGUCCGCACUACGACAAGGGCUUCUGCCCGUUGGGCCCGCGCUGCAGCAAGAAGCACGUCCGGAGGAAGCUGUGCGCGUACUACCUGGUCGGAUUCUGCCCCGAGGGGCCCGGCUGCAAGUACGGCGCGCACCCGCGGUGGAGGACAGACCUGGAGAAGCCGAGCGCCAAGGUCGAGGGCGAGGACGAGCCCAAGAGGGACGGGGAGAGGGAAGACGGCGAAUCGUUCCAGCAGCAGCGCGAUAGACAGAGGGACAUGCACGACGACCGCGGACAUGGGGACCGGAGGCACGGCGGCCGUGGAGGCAAGUGGCGCGAUCGGGGUAACAGGAGGUUCCGCGGCCGUGGUCACUGA